AUGCCGACCCAAAAAUCGAUUGCUGCCGCUUCUUCGAGAAAGUCUUCAAGUGUGAAUCUCUCUGAUAUGCCUUCAACGGGUAGCGACAGUGGAAGCGCUCAGGAAAAGUCUGGCUCGAAGAUGCACAAGAGGUCUCGCUCUGGUUGCUUUACUUGUCGUCUCCGCAGAAAGAAGUGCGAUGAGGGCCACCCAUCCUGCAAGGCAUGCACAAACCUAUCGGUGAAAUGCGAAUAUAAGCGGCCAAUGUGGUGGGGCAAUCCGGAGCAACGACGAAUUCAAAAAGAACGUAUCAAGAACAAGAUAAAACAGACAAAAUCUCUUGAACGAAGUGGAACGCGACCAGAUGGACUUCCACAUAGUCAUAUAUCCCUCUCAUCACCAGGUCCCGGAGAAACGGACUUCAAUCAGCCAAUUAUCGAUGGAUGUGAAUCUUUCGGUCUUCAUUUCGCGACCCCAGGCUUCGUGCCCAUCUCAUACGCCCAUUAUUACACUCCUUAUGAAGUUGAUAUCAAGACUGAGCGCCAAACUUUCGUGAACAAUGUUCCCCUACGGCACGACUCUUCAAUCUCCACCUUCAGUGCCAUGGGCCCGCCACAGCUUCACUCCACACUCCCGACUUUCCCAGCCGAGGAUUGGUUCCAAGAAGAGAUGCACAUCGGUGACCAUGGCUAUGGGUUGAUGAACGGAAGUCUGUCCGGCGAAAGCUCUGGGCAGUCUUAUGCUUCUUUGACUGCCGACAUUCCAGUCGCAGAUCAUGAUCGGCCGUUGCUGAAUCACUUUGUGGAGAACGUUCUUCGCAUGAUUUUUCCCGUCCUCGAAGCUCACCAGCAAGGCUCGACUCGUGCCCAGUCGGUCUUGAAAUCUUUAGAGACGAACAAAUCCUACUUUCAUUGUUGUCUCAGCGUGGCUGCAAUUCACCUCAAGACGACGACUGGUCUUGGCGGGGAACAAAUCGACCAUGAUAUCAUGCGACACCGUUAUGAGGCAAUCUCCCAGCUCUGCCAAGCCCUGAGCAAUGACACCGAUCAUGAUCAGAUCCUGGAUGCGACUCUUGCGAUGAUUUUCUUCCACUGCUCAGUUGGUUCUCCGGAGGACCAUCUCCCCGAUAUUCCGUGGAACGAUCAUUUCCAAGCGGUCUCCAACUUGGUGACUAAACUCGACCUGACAAACACGAUGGUUCCAUGCGCAAAUGGUUACGUGCUUCCCCCUUUCAGUAUGUCUCUAACAGCCUGGAUCGAUAUUCUUGGAUCAACAAUGCUUGGAAAGACUCCGCAAUUUGCCCAUUCCUACCGCAACAAACAUCUGGGCGGUUCGUCAUCCGGCCUUCGUGAGCUCAUGGGCUGCGAUGACCGUGUGAUGUAUCUCAUCUCAGAAAUUGCUUGUUUGGAAUCCUUGAAGAACGAGGGCCGUAUAGACGCAAUGACCGUGUGUACACAUGUUUCCGCUCUUGGGAACCAGCUGGAGUACACCGAGCCCGCCGACCCCACACUAGAGAGUCCGUACUGUACAGCGACGGGCGCUAUCAGGCCAGACGUUCUCACCAAAAACAUCACAACGCUAUUCCGUCUGGCCGCACGGGUUUACCUUUGCAGUCUCAUUCCUGGAACAAGUCGGGCGCAUUCGAGCAUCUGUAACUUAAUCGACUCCAUAACCGACACUUUGGCGUUCAUCCCCACCGGACCUGGUGGCUUCGAUCGCUCCCUGGUCUGGCCUUUGCUCAUUGCGGGUGCUCACUCAACUCCGUCAAGCUCCUUCCGCCAGGCAUUGACUGAGCGAAUGUUGGCCAUGGAGGAGUUUGCAGAACUUGGUAGCUUUGGUCGCAUGUGCCAACUCUUAAAUGAGUACUGGCGGCUCACAGAUGACUGCAUUGAGAUCAGUUCAAGUCAGCAGGAUCAGACAACGCAAGUUGCCUACGACAAUCACGGCACUACAAUCGACACGCGAUCAUCACCGCCUCUUCUGUCUCCAACCAUGCGAGAGCUCAAGAAGCAGCAGCUUCACUGGAGAGAUGUUAUGAAUCGUAACGGUUGGCGUCACCUCCUGAUCUGA